AUGGCUUUGUCCGAUUUCUUCGCUGGAGGUGAAGAAACCGGAGGUUCGUGGGCGGAUGAUAUAGACUUCCCCUCUGCUCCUGCUGCUCGUGAGAACACCGGCCCGAAACGAGGUGAACCCGGUUAUCUUGAUUCUAUGCCUGACCGAGCUGCAAGAGGAUCUUCUGGAUUCCCUGGAGCUCCUUCUCGAGAAGAAUUACCCCUUCCUACCGUACCACCUUUCACCGCCUUUGUCGGCAAUCUCUCAUACGAACCUGAUCUCGAGGAUGCCGUCAAAGAUUUUUUCACCGAUUUGAACCCUACAAGUGUCAGAAUCAUGAAAGACGCUACUGGAAAGCCUAAAGGAUUCGGAUACGUAGAAUUCCCUACUCAGGAUGCCUUGAAAGAAGCCUUAGGAAGAACAGGCGCGCAAUUACAGGGAAGAACAGUCAGACUUAGUGUAGCCGAUGCUCCUGCCAACCGAAGAGAUGCCCUCCCACCUUCAGCAGCCGAAGAAUCAAAUCAAUGGCGAAGAGCCACUCCAGUCGCACCCCGAGCCGAUGCCCCCACUCCUGCUCGACGAACUCCCUCAUUCUCUCCCGCUGAACCUGGACCCGAUAGAGAUUGGGGAGCUGCUAGAGGAGCGAGAUUUACCCCUGCGCCCCCUGUACCUGCCGGCGAAUUUAGAAGAGAUAGCUCUGGCGCUGGAAGGGUAAGGGAUGUUACCCCAGGUGUAGCGGACGAAGUGGAUCAAUGGAGAAGCAACAAACCUUUCGCUGAGCCUAAAGCCGGUUCAAGAGAUCUACCACCUCAUCAAAGAGGCGGUCCUCCUUCUGGACAAAGCAGCCCAGGUUUGGCUGAUUCGGAGAAUACUUGGUCCCGAGCUACCAAAUUGAGGACUCCCGCCGCUGAAGUUCCUCCCGCUCGAUCAUCGACCCAGUCUCCUGCCGACGAUAAAGAAUGGCGAUCUGCCCGAGCUACCCCUGCUGCCAGUCAACCGGGUAGUGCCGAUGGCGAGAGCCCUAGACAAGCUCCUGCUGCUCCUGCUGCGCCCGUAGAACGAAGAAAACUCCAACUUGCUCCCCGAUCCGUCCCUGCUACACCCUCCACCGCUUCCAUUGAAUCUGACUCGCCAUCAAGUCGAGCAUCAAUCUUUGGUACCGCUAAGCCCAUCGAUUCAGCUUCAAAAGAAGCAGUAGCAGAAGCCAAAUUGGCGCAAAAAGAGGAAGAGAGAAAGAAAGCUAGGGAAGCUGAAAUUGCCCAAAAGAAGGAGGAAGAAGAGAAAGCUAAAGCUUUUGGUGAAGAGAGACUGAAAUCUAUCCAAGCUGCUCAAGAAAAAGCCGAAGCUAAAGCAUCUGGCAGACCCCAACAACAAAGGGAAAAUUCUGGAAAACCUCAACAACAAAAUCAAGGUCAACAGAAAUUCCCUCCCAGAGAAGGUGGUAAUAAAAAAGCGCACCCGCAUCCCCAUCCUACCCGAAAAGCGUCAACGGAACCUAAAAAAGAUGAAGAAGGCUUCGAACCUGUAACAUCCAGGAAAGGUUCCACCGCUCCAUCGAACGCCCCCUCAGCGACCCAAGAAAAUAAACCUAAGCGUGAUGCUACCACACGACCGGCAUUCUCUUUCGCCGCUGCGGCAAGGGCUGAAGGAUUUGUGGAAGGAGACGAGGAUGUAGUUGAUGCCGCAAAAGGUAUCGAAGAAGUGAAGAUCUAG